UCAAAUCAGUCUACAGAAAACGCGUACGUGAACAAGAAGUAGCCGGUCGUGGCUACACUUUCGGCGUGUAAUAUUUUGUCGGUAUGAUAAAUAAGUGAUACACCCUGUAAAAGUUCAGUAAGUUGAGCCUCAAGCCAAAUAGGAUAGCUGGAGACAAAAAAGAAGAGGAAGAAAAAAUAAAAAAAAGAAAUUGUUUUGUUGUUUUAAUCAAGGCGCAAAAACGCAAACUCACACAAACACACACACAAAGUUACUCAGAGAAGAAUAACAAAAAGCCAUAAAAACAAAAAAAAUAAACAUCAAAGAAAUACUGCCAAAAACAACAACAAGAAGAAGAACAACAACAACAAACGGCCAUUUGUUGAGAGCUCAUACUCCCCCCACACAUACAGCUCCGAAUGUUUCAGAAACAAUAACAAAUAAUUAAUUAAUUUUCAAUUAAAUUUCAAAAAAAAAACGGAAAAUUAAAACAGCAAAGUGUCUCAAGGAUCUACAGUUCUCAAGGAUCUACUGUAUUUGUAUGAGAACCAAAAAUUUGAAAACCAAACCCAAAAAGCAAUGUGAAUGACUUUAAAUUCGGGUGAAUUAAAAAAUGGUUGGAUUAACGGAUCUGUGGAUACGGAUGGAUACACCUAACGGAGAUUAGCAAUAAUUUAUAAAAGAAGCAAAAAAAAAAAAUAAAAACUAAAGAAAAAAGAUUUAAUAAAUUUCCAUUGAAAAGGAAAACAAAGAAAAUUCUCACAAAAAAAUAAAACUAAUUAACGUCAAACGCAUCUGGGCGACAUGGCCCAUCUUAUGAUGAUGUUGCCACUUGCCAAGCUUUUUGAUAUACAUUUACAGUUAAGUUAUGAAAGGACUAUGCCUAGAGACAUUUAAUACCAAAAAUGGCCGCUUCUAUAUACGCAACCCCACCGCCCGAUUUAAGUAGUGAAGAUACAGCUCUGUCCGAUGUAUCCAAUACUUCAUCAACAAAUGCCACCACUCACAACACAACAGCACACCAUCACACCACACCAUCGAACAAGGCCAGUCAACACAAGACCCCAGCAGUUGCAACAACUACAACGACGGCGGAAACAACAGCAAUAACCGUGUCUUCAUCCUCAACGGUGUCUUCGAAUUUGUCUCCAUCGCCAACAUCAUCGCUGUCAGCAUCAAAUCAAUUUCUGGGUGUUAGUAAAACAAACAACAACAACAACAACACAAUGACAAAUACCUGUGAAACAAAAUCAGCGCCAAAUGUGAGCAGCAGUAGCAGCAACAAUAACAACAACAACAAAACGAAACGGACAAUUGCUGAUGUGUUUAAGGACAAGAAUAUUUCAUCGUCAUCAGCAUCAUCAGUGGCAGCCACCACAAUAGCAACAACACCAACCACACACCACAUUAGUUCUUCCAGUUAUACAGGUGAUGGUGAAGCCUUGCUAACCAACGGCCCCGACAAUGGAGCUGCCAUGGCCGCUGUUGCUGCCGCCGCCACUGCAGCCAUGCAAAUGCAAUAUUUGGAAGCCCUCAACGAUGCUGCCAAAAAGAGACGCAAACAACACAAUCCCACACGUAUGGAUGAGGAGAAAUCCCCGGAAAACUCUAUUCCCGAAAUCAAACGAGAGCAAAGCUCACCGCUUGGCCAAGAUCCCGAUUAUGAGGAGAGAUUUUCGAAAAUGUUUUUACCCAAAUCUAUGGAACAUUUAAAGGAGACAUUUGAAAUGUUGCAACAGCAGAAGCAACAUGACAACAUAUCAAACUCAUUGCACAACAUGGCUGAAGCCAAGGACAACCAAUCGACCAACCCCCACAUGUCCUUGGAGAACGAUAACGGCAACUAUGCUCAGAAUCCAUAUCAUACUUUUUGCAAAGAAUGUGGAGAGAAUUUUGAAAAUGAAUUCAAGCUAAGUCUACACAUGCUGCAGGAGCACAAUGGCAGCGAUGCGGGUGUCAUGUCUCCUUUGGAUAUCCUGGCCUCGGUGAAGGUGAAAAUGGAAAGGCCCGAAAACGAUAGUCCCCAGGAUCAAGCGAUGAUGGAGGCUGGAGAACAAACAAAUCGAAAUGAGAAUGGUUCGAAGGAUCAACAACAAGAGCAUCAGCAGCAGCAGCAACAACAACAACCUUGGUUAAGGCAAGCACAAAUACCUCCCUUGGGUUUCCCCUUUCCACCUGAGGCGGCAGCAGCAGCUGCCCUUCAAGCUGGUGGUUAUUUGCCGUUACUGGCUGUGCCUGGUUUUCCCGGCGUCGAUGGUCUACAACGGCCCCCAAUGAGGAUCUUCAAUCCCGAGGCAUUUUGUGAGCUAUGCAACAAGGAGUUCUGCAACAAAUAUUUCCUUAAAACCCACAAGGCCAACAAACAUGGCAUCUACGAUCCAGUGGGUGAGAGUGGCUCCAGUGCUGCUUCUACUGUUGCAGGCCAACAAAGCCAGACCCUAAAUGCCAUGAAUCAAAUGUUUCAAUUGCAAAUGCAGCAACAGCAACAACAUUUGCAGCAGCAACAUCAAAUGCAAAUGGAAUUGGCCGCCGCCCAACAGCAACAGCAGCAGCAACAACAACAGCAAAUUUCCCAAAACAAACAUUCAAAUGAGGCCAAGCGCAAAGACACCGACGACAAGGCCACCGGGCAGGGAUCUUCAACGGUUUAUUGUGAUAUUUGCUCAAAACGUUUCACCAACAUUUUUGCCAUGCGUCGUCAUCGCGCCAAGGUACACGAACAGAAUACGAGUGCCAACACCACCACUGCCAUCACUUCACAACGCAACAACAGUCCCACAAACACCUUGGAGGCACCCACCAAUUCCAAUGACAUGCAGGCCGCCAAACAAUUUCAAAUGCCCGAUGGCUUUCGCCAGGAUUUUGGCCUGGAACAGGAAGAGGUCUCAUUUACACCUCAGCCCCGCAAACUGUCACCCCAGUCCCAGCAACAGGCGAGAGAUGCCAAUUUCGCCCACGACAAAUUGAAGCGUUUGGGGGUUAUGAACCCCGAAGCCUUCUGUGAGCUGUGCUGCAAGGAGUACUGCAACAAAUAUUUUCUGCGCACCCACAAAUGGAAGCGCCAUGGGAUUUUCAUACCCCCCGAGGAUAAUGAGAGUCUAGCUAAAAUCCCCGGCAAUUGGCCAUUCAUGAACAUGCCAGCUGUAAAUCUCAUGAUGGCAAGCCAGCGCAUGAUAUCACCGGGUGGCAACAGCGAAGAGGUCGAACACCAGCAACAACCCAGCAAACGUAUUAAAUUGGAAAAACCGGAUGCGUCGGAGGCUGAUGGCGAAAAUAUGGCCACGGAUGCGAACAACGAUGAAAAUCAAGAGAAUCGCAAUGAAAAUAAUCAGAACAAUCAAAAUUUGAGCGUACCAUCAACUCCGGAACCGCAAAAGCCCCAGACAGCCAGUCCAGAGACGGUCAUGGGUUUGCAGAACCUACAGAAAUUGCAGUCCAUGAUUCAACAGCUCAACGAUUUGAGUGGCAAAAGGCCGGUGGCUUGUCAUUUGUGUGGCCGGGAAAUGGAGAACCAGUAUGCCUUGCAGGCCCACAUAAUGUCCGAGCACAGUGGCGGCGCCAUGGAAGGUAUGCCCGGCUUACCCACCUUCCCACCCCAGUUUCUGUUGCAACACCAGCAGCAUCAACAGGCCAUGUUGAAACAAUCACCACCUGGCGGUUCACCGGGAGCUUUGUUGCCACCCCUCAUGGCAGCAGGCAUGGGCGCCCUGAGCGGAGAAUUACGUUGCACACCCUGCGAUCGUGAGUUCUCCAAUUUGCCAGAAUUUCAAAAACAUAUCACCGAAGUUCAUUUGUUGGGCAACAGCAGCGGCGCCAGCAAAGGUAGCCCAAUGCGUGAGGGCUUUGUGACACCCGAUCGACCGGUUAAUAGUUCGGCUACACUGGCCGCAGCUGCGGGCACUAGGCCUCCAUACACGCUGACCCCCACCAGCAGCUACUGUGAGAUCUGCAACAAAGAGUUGUGCAACAAAUAUUUCAUGAAAACCCACAUGCAGCGCAUGCAUGGCAUUGAAAUUGAAAAUGGCGCCCAAAUCGGUGGAGUGGUGUGCAAUAUCUGCAACAAGGAGCUGUGCAGUAAAUAUUUCCUCAGAGUACACAAACACAAUACCCACGGCAUUAUUGAUGAUGGGGCACCAUUGCCACAGCCGCGACAAAACGGCAUUGCUGCAGAAGCCAGCCAACAGCAACAAUCUGGUGCCCUAGAACCAGCAGAGGGUAUCAAUAGCAGAACUCUCAAUGUGAGUCCCUUUGGCAGCAACAGUUCCGAUGUGAAAACCGAAUCCGCAGGAUCUACAAGCUACAGCGACAAUUGUCCGCUAUGCAGUAAACGUUUCCGCAGCCCCAAAUGGCUGCGUUCGCAUUUGCUCAACGACCACGGAGCCAGUGGCAUGGAAAAACUACGAGAAUUGGAACAACAAUUCGGCAGCUUCGGCAGCAAAUCAUCAAGUCCCACACUGAAAAUACCAAAUGGCUCAAGCUCAGCCGGCUCGAAUUCCAAUGCCGGCACACCCAACACCCAUCCGAAUGUCCCCUCGCCGGCACAAUUGGCUCAGGCAUUACAGAAUCUGAAUGCCCAGCAAUUGUUGCAGCAUGGGAUGGCCAAACCCCAAAUGCCCUAUAAAAUGGAAAGAAACCUAUCAUCACCACCGCGACCCAAGGAGUAUCAGUGUUCGUUGUGUUCCUUUACCACUCCAUAUUAUGCGUUCCUUUUCAUACACGAGCGCACGCAUUCCAUAAUGAAUGCCGGAAAUGGAGGCGGUGGUGAGGAACAUCAGGAUCAGGAAGAUAAAGGUAAAGAAGAAGAAGAAGUGACACCCAGGCCAGAAGUUGAUCAUGAGGAGAGAGAAGAAGAUGUGGAAGAGUGUGACAAUUUCAACAAAUCCCGAACCGGAACAACAACAAUGGAGAAUGAAACACAACCCACAAAUUUGUCCAUGCGUACACCCUCGCCCAAGGCCUCCUCCAGGUCGGGUUUAAAGGAACUACCCAGUUCCCCCUUGACACUUCAAAUGCAGGAUCAUUCUAUGCCGGAGGCUGAAGGCAAUGUAACACCUCGACGUUUGUUGCAAUCGGCUGCCUGCUCACCCAUACAACAACAACAGCUUCAGUUGCAGGAAAUGGCCGAACAAUUUGGCAAAGCAGCUUGUUAUGCUGUGCCACGUGAAAUGGCCAUGGACAAGGCUGGCCCCCAAAUGCAGGCCUUCAUCAUUGAGGAGCAAACAGAUAACAGGUUUGUGCCCGCAAUUGUUUAUUUACCCGUUAGGGAGCGUAUAACCGGACCCAUGAAGUUAUCCUUUAAUUUGACACCAGUUUAAAAAAAAGACGACAGCGGAAUGUGUUUUUUUAUUUGAAUUAUAUUUUUUUGGGAGUAAACGAUUCUCGAAUCGAAUUAGGUAAGAAAAGCAAGGUCACUGUUUAGGUAAAAUAAUUUUUUUCUCCUCGCCCCUUUCCCACAAAAACACAAAA